AUGUUUAUCGCAUGGAAUUAUGUCUUCUUGGCCAUUUACGUCUCGGUGCUUGUUCCCGGAGGACAAGCAACCAACGCCAUGGAUCUGCCAUUGAGCGAAGGCAACGGCCCGGGUCACCAAAAGGUCACGCGAUAUAAGGAAGAGGUCACGGCAGCUGUGACCCAAAAUACAUCUCUAUCUGCAAUGCGAAGUGGCGUGAGGGGUAUGGUAGACAGAGUGUACGUGGGCGAGUGGCGCAUCGCUCGUCGGGCUGGACUGGUCGAGUUCCUGAUCGCAUCUUCAACGGGACGCCAGCUGUAUCUGCUGUACGACCAGCAUUCGGAGAGUAUAGCGUCGUCGAUGAGAGCCAGCCACCGCCGAGGGGGAGACAUGGCCGUCCUCAAGUACCAGGGCUCGAUCGCGCCCCUGGAGAAGGAGCUCAAGUCUUUCUUCCACCGAGAAAACCUCCGCAAUGUGAUCGUGAUGUGUUCGGCGCCCAACACCGUGGAUGUUUUCAGACAGGUAUUUAAGCGGAAGAUGGAAUCCCCGACGAUCUACUGGUGGCUGAUCCUGGAGGAUGACGUCACUCAGGAGGUUCUGGAUAAUAUGAGGGAAGGGACACAGAUUUCGGUCGCCCUGAAGAUGGAUGAAGCAAAAUACAAGCUAAUGAGGUCAUUUGUCAACAAGGAUGACCAGCUCAAGCUCCAGACCGUCGGCUCGUGGUGGUGGACGCCCUCCGAAGGCUCUCAACACUUCCUGAAGGAGCCGAUCUACAAGGACCUCAUGGACGUCUACAGCGACUUCGGCGGGAGGCUCAUGAAGUCCUCCGUGGUGGACAACUGGCCCUUCUUCCGCGUGAUGAAGGACAAGGCCUCGGGGGAAAUAGUGUCUGACGCCGGCAUCGACUUCCACCUCCUGAACACGAUCGCGGCGAAGCUCAAUUUCACAUACCGACUCUUAUUGGCCAAAGACGGACAGUGGGGUGGAGUCUUACCGGACGGGUCGAUCACAGGAAUGAUUGGCAUGGUGGCAAGACACGAGGUUCAUUUCGCUAUCAAUGAAAUUACAAUCACAGGACCGCGUGAGGUGGUCGUCGACUUCACUCUGCCUUACUUCCUGGAAUCAACGACUAUCGUGUCCCCGGCGCCGGCGGAGAAGAACAGGGCCUUCGCUGUGUUCUCGCCUUUUACUGCUGAGGUAUGGGGCCUCCUCUCCCUAGCAACCCUCCUGGUGGGUCCCAUCCUCUGGCUCAUCAGUGUGGCCAAGGAAGAGCUCGUUCUCAAGGGGAUAUGGCGGGCCGACUCCCUCUCGAACUAUUCCUUCAACAUGUACCGCUCGAUGGUCGUGCAGGGAAACAAGGCGGAGAUGGAGCAGUGGUCGCAUCGCUUCGUCCUGUUCACGUGGUUCUUCUUCUGCUUUGUGGUCUAUGCUCUCUACGCGGGAACACUCACGGCCGUUUUGGCGGUUCCGACCUUCGAGAAGCCGAUAGACUCCUUGUGGGAUUUGCUCGGGGCGAUCGAGAAUGACGGCUACAAGGCGACUGUGGUUUACCAGACGAGUAACGAGUUCUUUCAAGGCAACCGCCCUUUUAAGACUACCAUGCUCCUACAGGAAGCUACAAGUGGAAUCUACAAGCAGAUCUGGGACGUCUUCGAUCCCUCCGUCGGCUACGUCUACACUUGGGACGAAGGAGUUGAGAAGGUGCUGACGGGGAAGUUCGCUUACAUGAACGCCCAACUCGGGGCAGAGAUCCGAGCCAUAAAGAGGGGCAUCCACAACUACCACUUCGCCAAGAACACAUUCUACCCCCAGGGAUACGCCAUGGCUCUUCCUAGCGGCUCCCCGUACAAGGGCAAACUGGAAAAACUCCUCGUGCAGCUGGCGUCGGCGGGCCUCGUGGACAAGUGGACGCGGGACGAGGUGGCGAAGGUGGCAGGCGCGGGGGGCGGGGAGGCUUCGAAGGGCCCCGGGGCGAUCACCCUCGUGCACCUUCAGGCAGCCUUCUUCCUCCUGGCCAUCGGGUACUCUACUGCAGGAGGCGUGCUGCUGGUGGAGCGCCUCGCCAUGUUCUUCUGCGGCCGGAAGGAGUUCCAUUCGAGUUUCGCCGGGAAGCCGAUCUUGGUGAAGGAGAUCGGGUACUGAGGUCUCCGAUCGGGGUUCUGAGGAGCUGUUCGCUGGGGCGUCGCGCAGUGGUCCAGAAUCACCAAUUCCCGGCCAAAAAUCGAGUUUCCCAAUAUGAUAGUAUAUAUUUUCCAAUAUCACAGAUUUAAAUCAUAUUACUUGUGAGUUUAAGCGGGCCAUGAAUCGAUGAAAAGAUGGUAUAUACUUACGAAAUUUAUAUACUCGUGUAGUUGCAACUGAGAUGCCUUUUACGUAGGGUUUUGACCAGGUUUGGGCGAUUCUGGACCACUUGUGCGUCGCCUCAUGGGAUGCAGGUGGAAGGUGUCCUUUGGUAGAAAAAUAAGCCUCGCAGAUAACAGUAGCUAUACAGGUGUAUUUCUCUGGAUGUAGAAAGGUAUAUAUGAGAAUGUGAAGAUAUUCCUUCUCAUUCAUACCUCUCUACAUUUGUCAGCAAGAAUACGGUUCGUAUUUAUCUGUAUAAUAGCUGUCUCUCCAUUUAUCUAUAUGUAUCUGCCUCCAGCUAUCUAUUUAUCUAUAUAUCUAUCUCUGUAGCAACAACUGACAAAAGCUAUCUAUUAGUUUCUCUGUUUAUCAGUAAUGUAACUAUCUCUGCAUAUCUACUAUUCCGUCUGUCUACCUAUCUAUCUUUCUGUCUAUCGAUCUACGUGGAAUAGAUGAAUGGUUUGGAUUUUCACGACGUAGUGGAUAGUAUGUACAUUAUAUGUAACAUAGGAAAUAUAUAUAUUCUUCAAAUAAAAAGA